UUACUAAAAAUCAAAGCGCCGCAAGCGGCGCUAUAUAGGAUCUUUGCUAAAAAUACUAAGGGGAAAAAAAAUGGCUUCGUACUUCGACGAAAUUCAAAAAUAUUUUCAGCACCACAACCGGACAAAAGAAUUGAAUGGAAACCAUACCGCCAAAGUACAUUCCGUUGGGUGGAGCUGUGAUGGUCGUCUUCUUGCGUCAGGAUCUUUCGACAAAACAGUUAGCGUGUUCCUUUUGGAGAGAGACCGAAUGUCAAGAGAAGCUACAUAUCGUGGUCACACAGACAGCGUAGAUCAACUGUGUUGGCAUCCAUUUCAUCCAGAGCUUUUUGUUACAGCAUCUGGUGAUAAGACUAUCAGAAUAUGGGAUGCAAGAGCCAACAAGACAGUAGCAACAGUCAACACAAAAGGUGAAAACAUAAAUAUUUGCUGGAGUCCGGAUGGGCAAACAAUUGCUGUUGGAAACAAAGAAGAUCUUGUGACCUUUGUGGAUGCCAGGUCACAUCGUGUCAAGACAGAAGAACAGUUCAAGUUUGAAGUCAAUGAAAUUUCAUGGAACAAUGAGAAUGACCUGUUUUUCCUGACAAAUGGACAUGGAUGUAUUAAUGUAUUAAGGUAAGCCUGCAUGUUACAUUUACUAU